CCGGAUGCUGUGCCAAAACAACAGUUGCUCCCUUGGAUCGCGUGAAGGUUUUAUUGCAAGCUCACAAUCACCAUUACAAACAUUUAGGCGUCUUUUCCACACUGUGUGCCGUCCCCCAGAAGGAGGGCUACCUCGGCCUGUACAAAGGGAACGGGGCCAUGAUGAUUCGCAUCUUCCCCUACGGCGCCAUUCAGUUCAUGGCGUUUGAGCACUAUAAAACGUUCAUUACGACAAAAUUGGGCAUUUCUGGUCAUGUGCACAGAUUGAUGGCUGGAUCCAUGGCAGGCAUGACAGCCGUUAUCUGUACCUACCCCCUUGACAUGGUCCGGGUCCGGCUCGCCUUCCAGGUGAAAGGGGAGCACACGUACACGGGCAUCAUCCACGCCUUCAAGACCAUCCACGCAAAGGAGGGCGGUUUCCUUGGCUUUUACAGAGGCCUAAUGCCAACUAUCCUGGGAAUGGCUCCGUAUGCAGGGGUUUCGUUUUUUACGUUCGGCACCUUAAAGAGCGUCGGACUUACUCAUGCUCCAACCCUUCUUGGCAGACCCUCAUCCGAUAAUCCGAAUGUCUUAGUUUUGAAAACUCACAUCAACUUGCUUUGUGGUGGUGUGGCCGGAGCCAUAGCGCAGACAAUAUCCUACCCAUUUGAUGUCACACGUCGGCGAAUGCAAUUAGGAACCGUUCUUCCAGAAUUCGAAAAGUGCCUUACCAUGCGGGAGACCAUGAAGUACGUGUACGGACAGCACGGCAUCCGCAGAGGCUUAUACCGGGGCCUGUCCCUGAACUACAUUCGCUGCAUUCCAUCCCAAGCCGUGGCUUUCACGACUUACGAACUCAUGAAGCAGUUUUUUCACCUGAACUGAAAGAAGAAAUGUGAUUCUUUUCCUUUAUAAGUUCUCAGAGGUAGAAAUCAAAUUCUCGCUGUCAUAUUGGGGCACCUUACUUGAAGGGGGAUGUUUCAUGUCUUACAGGAACCACUUGUGUUUGAGCACUUGAUUUUCUUUAUCACAAAUCGCAAAUGCUUACUCCUUCUUGAGGCCAAAAGGAAUGGCCUCGAACACUUCGGGGAGUUGCCUAAGUACAUGCUGAUGCUAGCUAAUCGUUAUAUUAUUUGAAACUUUUGUGUUUGUUUUAAUGUUUCCAGUAGAUGCUGAGAUGCUAACCAAUCAUUUAUGUUAUUUGAAACUAUUUUUUAAUGUUUUGUUUUGGGCCACACCUGCCGAUACUCAGGGUUUACUCCUGGCUCUGCACUCAGUAAUUACUCCUGGCAGGCU